GAGGGAUUCCUCCGCGCCCCGCGAGGGUCGCCAGGGAAGCGUCGGCAUUCGCUCCUUCCCCGCCCCUUUACUUCCGGGGCACUUGGCCCGGCCCUUACGCCUGGGCCGGGGUGGGCGAGGUAGGUAGGCCUGGCCGGUGGAGAAGGGCGCUUCCUCUUCUCUGUUUCUCGCUCUCUCCUCCUCCUCCUCCCGCCGCGGGGCCUGGGAGAAGCCUCGAGGUGGGCGCUCCGAGGAGGAAGGAGGGCGGAGGCGGAGGCAGGUCCUGUCGGAGAAGCGGCAGCUGCAGUGGCUGGGCGGGCGGGCGAGGAGGCUGAGAGACGCCGCGACCUGGAAGAGGCAAGUGUGGUGAGGCAAGUGUCUCGGGACACCGCCCCCUCCUUCCCGGGCCUGCCGCGGCCGAGACUCCCCAGGGCUGAGGUGGGAAGGUCGAGGGCGGGCGGGCGGGGGGUGUCCGUCCCCCCAGUGGAUUCUGUGGAGAGAAAGGGAGCUGCACCUUCCCCUCCACCUUUUCUGGAUCUAAAGCCGAAUUCCCCCUCUGCCCCCCCCCCCGUCCCGUGAAGCCGCCCUGUCCCGAGAAGCGACAUCCCGCUUUCUCUGCCACGCUUAAAACUACCCGCAGUUAUUAUACUGUCACCCACUUCGGUUUCGUAUUUGGGAGUGGGUUGGGGUGCUGCCCCCACCCUGGUCAUCCUUUCCUUGGUCCGUGCUUACCUACCGCGAACGGUUUUUUAAAGUGUAGAGAGCCACGAUAUCGGUCAUUCGGUGGGUUCAGGGUGUUCUUUAUAGGGUCUUAGUUCUUUGCUGUGGCAUGAGAUAAAAGGCUGAUUAGAGUAAAUUAGCCUGGGGUUUAACCCCCCCCCCCAAAAAAAAACUUACCUAGAUGUCCAAAUUGUGAGAGUGAUAGUUUGGCAAUAGUGCGGCAAAUUGUAAGGAAAACUGUAUUCUUAAUAACAUAUUAAAUCAGAAUUGUUGCCGUUCUGUAGCACUGUGCUCAAAAUUGUUGCAGUGGAUUUAAUCUCUUUUUUGGGUGCCUCCUCCACAAGAGGUCCAUAGGGUGACAACAGGGCCUUUUCUGCGCUGGCUCCCCAUUUGUGGAAUGCUCUCCCAAGGGAGGUUUGGCUGGCACUUUCAUUAUACAUCUUUAGGUGCCAAGCAAAAGCAUUCCUCUUCAACAAGGCCUUUGGCUGACUAACAUACCAUAGUGUUUUAAAUGUGGGGAGGUGUUAUUGGUUUGGUUUGUUGUUUUUAUUACAUAUUUUGUGCUUUUAUCUUGUAUUUUUAUGCAAUGAACUGCCUUGAGAUCAUUGGAUGAAGGGCAGUAGUAUACAAAUGUUAAUAAAAUAAAUUCACAUGUAAACAUGUAAGAAUCUUUAACCACCAUGACUUGGAGCACAAAAAGAGGGAUUAAUAUCUGCUAGGUUAAGGCUGUAAAAAAUAACAGCUGAUCGAUCACCUGGUUUCUUAAAAAAAUUAGCUGGUUUCUAAUACUAGCACCUAAGUGAUCUGAAAUAUAUAGGCUGAUACAAAAGCAAGGAACCAGCUUGGACUGUUAUGGAGGACAUCAGAUGUUUGAUUUCCUGCAUUUGUGGCGCAACUUUCAUAGGAGAAACCUGUUUAACUACAAUAUGGUGAGAUAUGUAAUUUUGUAUUUGUAUAUCGAACUCUCUAUUUUUCCAUCUGCCAGAAUACCGCUUUGGAUACCAGAAACCUGAAGCAGAGUUACAAUAGUGGCCAACAAGAUGUGUCUGAGAAGCCUGCAAACAUACAUGAAGGCUAUAGCCAUCUCCUAUUGAUGCUUCAGAUAAACUGGUACUUGGGAGAAGUUUUAAAGACAGACAGAAACAUAUGUUGAGAAGACAACAAGUGGGAACUGCUUUCAUUACCGCUUUUCCUAUCCCUUGCCUAGGUAGCAACUAUGGGUGUGGGUUGUUGCCUUGCUUGUGGAGUACCCAGACACAUCUGACUUCCCACUGUGGAAAUAGGAUACUGGACUAGACAGACCUUUGGUCAGAUCCAGUGGGUUGCUCUUAUCUUUGUAUUUGUACAUGAGAGAAUAACUUUUUUAUAAAUGUCUGAAGUUUUGCUUUCCAUUUCAUUGGGUUCGUUGAGCGUUGUUAUUUUUCAUGGGGUGAAGAGAGGAGUGGUUGACACUGCCUGGAAUUGUUGGGUAUCACUCAGCAAAGUGCUAAACUUUUUAGCUUGUCUGUAGGGCUGUGUGCUAUUGGCAAGUUAAUUUUCUUCAGAUCUUAGACUUGCUCAGCAAAGUCUUAUGUGAAUUCAGUUAGUUAUAAAUAAUAAUAUAGUACAUCUCCUUCUUACACUAAGUGUAUAAUUUCAAAUUCAUUUUUGUUUAGUUGCCUUAGGGUGGUUGUGCACAUCUGCUCUUCCCUAGGUUUUUAUUUAUAUGCCCAAAAAUUAUAAAAUGGAACUCACUGUCAGUUGUUCUUGGGUACUACAAUUUUGAAAGUUUCUAUUUUAACAGUUUGGGUUAUAGAAUAAAUUGCUAUUUUUCUUUCACCUCUGCAUACAUUGUCCUUUUUCCAUAAGCUUAAGUGACUAGUGUCACUCUUCUUUUGCAUUCUCUUUGCUUCAGAGUAGAUGGAGCUGUGUUUGGUUGAAGACCACGUUAAUCAUACUUCGAAUAGACCCACUGAAAUUGAUUGACUUGUAAUCUGUUUAUUUCAGUGGAUGUACUCUUGGAGUGUGACAAACAUUGAAGAUUGCCCAGUAGAUUUAAAUCAAAUUUCCAAUUUCAUCAUAUAAUAUAUAUUGCCUAAACAAAAGUGUUCAUGUUGAAACAUACUGGCUUGCAAAGAAACUAGAGUUUUUCUAAUACAUAGGAGUAUAAUCUAAAACCUCUAGUCAUGGUUCCCACAAAUCUUUGCACCACACAAUUAUAUUUGCUGAAAGACAAGAGGAAGGCGUAACUCUGAAAUUUCAUGAAUUUGCUCUUUCUGCAAGCAUGCAAGGACUCUUAAGCAAAACCAAUUGCUUGAAAACAAGGUUUUGUCUGAAGGUAGUUAAAUGUGUUUGAUUGUGAGUUUGGCAUUUGGAAUAUGAUUUUCAAAGCAUCCAUAGCAGUGAAAAAACUAAUCAAUUUGUGACUUUGAUUUUUUUUGUCACCUCUAAUAGAAUUGGCAUCAGUUUGUUUGGCAUAAGCAUAUGCUGUUGUGUUCUUUUUUGAAGUUUCUUUAUAGUUGAUUUGUCAGCUUGCUGUUGGCAUCCAUCUCAAGAGUGAUUCCAGCUCCAGGGUGAAGUCAAACCACUGUGUUAGCAGCACUGAAAAAACCGCCCCGGGGUGCAUGUCUGGGCAGGGUGUAUGGAGGUCCUGGCUCACCCAGAAGACAAUACCUCCUUCUCAGCCUUGCUGAUGUGGUCUAAAGGAAAGCAGGGCAAUAUGUUUGGCACGGGCACCAGCUUGGCUGCAGAGUUGCCAGGAGGAGAUGUACAAGGUGUCAUCAGCUGUCUUAGGGUCUCCACUGUGAACUUAUUGUCAUCAUUAAAUUAUCAAUUUAGAUACUUAAAUUGAGUGCAGAUAUUUUAAAAUGAAUAAAUAUUAAAUUUCAGUCAUAGAAGUAUGGUCACAAGGCAAUUUUCACUUUCUACCAGAUUGUUUUUCAAAGCUAAAUGCAUUCUCCAGAUGUAGUAGUCUGUUUAGACUGACAUCCUGGUUUCCACUGCCCUAGGGCAGGGCUGUGGAAAAAAUCAUUCAAAACCAUCUAAUACAAAUCUUAAUAAUCUUGUGGCAAAAUUGAACUGUGCUUGUUGUGGCAGCAAGUUUUAUAAGAAAGAACUUUAAACUCUUGGAUAAAUAUCUUGUUUCAGGCACUGUUCUUUCUAUAAAAAUGAUGGAGGGAGGAACUACAUUAUGUAAACUUUCUUUGAAGACCUUAGGUAUGCAGGCAAAUUUAUGUGAGAUAUAUAGCUUGUUGCCUGGCUUCCUAUGGCAAGUAUCACCUCCAGGCCACUAUAUAAUGAACCUUUCCUAAACUGGAAGAGCUGAUUAUUAUUUUUCUUUCAAACCUCAGAUCUUCUACAAAUGACUAACAAGAGUGUGUGUCAACACAAGGGCUGGUAACUUACAGACUUCUUUUUCAAAGCUGAUAUGUGCUCAAACAUGCAUAAUGCAAAGUAGUUAAAGGAGUAGUUAAAGUGUUGUAUGUUGAAGAGAACAUCUCAAGUUGUACAAUAUUAUGUUCUGCUUUCUUGCACCUACUGCAUGAAUACCAUAGUACACAAUGUAAACAUUUUAAGUAUUGUGAGAUAGGACUACAGUGGUACCUUGGUUCUCGAACUUAAUCCGUUCCAGGAGUCUGUUUGACUCCCAAAACCAUUCAAAAACCAAGGUGCAGCUUCCAGUUGACUGCAGGAGCUUUCUGCACUCAAGCGGAAGCCAUGUCAGACGUUUGGCUUCCAAAAAACAUUCGCAAACUGGAACACUUACUUCCGGGUUUGCGGCGUUCGGGAGCUGAUUUGUUCAGGAGACAAGCCGUUUGAGUACUAAGGUACCACUGUAUCUUCAGUAAAUAUUAGAAACAGAAAGGAAUUACGCAUAACAUGAGGAAAAACCUCAAUAGUACAAUUAAAAAUGCAAAAAACAAUUCUGCGUAACUGUUAUUUGUAGAACAUAAUCACAGACCCCUUUCUCCUUUUUAUAACAGUUUCAGCAGGAAUGGCACCAACAUCCAUCUGACUCAGGGAUCAUUUAGAAUUAAUAAUAAUUUACAAUAAUUUAUUAUUUAUACCCCUCAUAUCUGGCUGGGUUUCCCCAGCCCCUGUUUCCCUCAAAUGUAGUUUUGUGUUAGCUGCUGCAGCAGCUUUACAGCUUAGCAUUCUGGUACUUAUUGCAUUAACAAAAACCUUAACACAAUAUGCAAGGGAUUUGUUAUACAGACUCCAAGAAAAUUAAUACUGCUAAAAAAAUUAAAGUAUGUUGUUCAUGCUACCAUCACUUGGCUCAUAGUAACUCCAGGAGGCCUUGAGCAGAUUUGCAACAUACUGUUGCCAAUUUCCUUUCUUCCUUGUUCCUGUGUGGUUACCAACUAAACUACUGUACCAUGCACUCCAUUAACCUGCUCACCUAAAAAUCUCUCAUAGUGAGGAGAGACGGAUGAGAAGUUGAUCAUCAAGCCCAAAGCCUCUGGGUUUCUCGCAUCUAGCAUAUAUACUUUUGUGGAGGGCUUCAAGCCAAACAGUAGUGUUUUCCUUUAAUCAUGACUUUUAUUCUGGAAGCACCAGUGCCUAAUUCUAUCCAUAUGCAUUUGCUGCUGCCAGAUCUUUGGAUUCUAGCAUUGUAGUCCAUUUUGGAGUACUUUAAUGCAUUCUUGGAAAAAGCUAGCCUUCCUUGGUUUGUGUGUAACACUGGUGUUUAUUGUGCUAGGUUAUGCAAUGUUCCCUCUGCAGUAUGCUAAAUUAACUGAAGCAGAAGCAGCAAUACCCAUGGAUGCAGAAGAAUUUUAGCUGUUGUCAAGGUGGCGGCCACAGUUUUCCAGUAUAAAAAAAUGUUUUAAAAAUCCCUGAGUAUCUACAGCCAAGCUAGUUUUGAUUUCUCCCCUAAUUUCAUAGGGGGAGCAGGGUGGAAACCCUGCUGUGCAAGAGAAAGCCCUUAAACAGGGGUUUGUACUGGUGGCGUUUGUUAGGUGAAUUCUACCCACAGAAUUUUUAGACUAUGUCAAUGUGUAAGCCUUUGACUGUUUCAUAAAUUGCAGUGUAAAGGAUAAAAUAGGGCAAUUGAUGAAGCCCAUGUAAAGUUUUGAAUAGUAACGGUUUGGGGGUUUUACUUGAGGUAACCUGAAAAAGGUGAAACUUUCCAUGUGAUGACAGUGUCCUACACUGCCAUGAUUCUCAGUGUGGAGCACUUUGGUCCUCUUAACUAGUUGGCAGGUGUAGGAUGAGGUGAAAGCUUUAUGCAGCCUAACAGCAAAGCACCCCUUCCUGGUCAUGGGGUGAUCCAUAGCCACCAGAUAAUAGGAACAGUAGUGGACUUCUUCUACUCACCCCCAAGAGAGAAAUGCUGCUUUUGCCUUGUGGCAGAAGGCCAUGUACCUUUUGCCUUCCCAGAUCUUCCUGUAUUAGACACAUAGUUAUUAAUAAUGACAGAAACAGAUUUGUGUGUCUUGUCGGUGUAAGAGUAAAGGUAUAGGUAAAUGGACCCCUGACCAUUAGGUCCAGUCAUGGCCAACUCUGGGGUUGCGGAGCUCAUCUCGCUUUAUUGGCCGAGGGAGCCGGUGUACAGCUUUCGGGUCAUGUGGCCAGCAUGACUAAGCCGCUUCUGGCGAACCAGAGCAGUGCAAGGAAACACCAUUUACCUUCUCACCGGAGUGGUACCUAUUUAUCUAUUUGCACUUUGAUGUGCUUUCGAACUGCUAGGUUGGCAGGAGCAGGGACCGAGCAACUCACCCCGUCGCAGGGAUUCGAACCGCUGACCUUCUGAUCGGCAAGUCUUAGGCUCUGUGGUUUAACCCACAGCACCACCUGCAUCCCUACAAUGUAAGAGUAAGGCUAUAUAAAUUCACCCUGGCUGUUGAAUACUCCAUUAUCAGAAUGUGAGGCCUAGUUCCAGGAUGCUCUUGAGGGCUGUUCACCUGAGAGCCCAAAGUCUGUGUAAUGCAAUCCUAACCAUGCCUACUCAGAAGUAAUUCCUGUUGGAUUCAGUGGGGUUUACAGGUAUGUGGGGUUAGGAUUGUAGUCUUAACCUCAUAUUUUGUUCAUAUUUUGUUCUAGUCAUGACUGUCUAAGAUGAGACAUAAUCAGGGGUGCUGUGGAGUUGGGAUUCUAUAAACAGUUUCCCCAGGGGCAGCUGGGAAAAGAAAGGGACCUGUGAGUCAAUUCCUGGAUCUGUGAUUCUGAGUGAAGCGACUGAAGCAAUAGCAAGGUUAGAGUAGGUGCUGUAGAAAUGAAUCCGGCAUAAAGGGGGACAGGCAGCAUGCAGAGCAACAAAAGCCUGUUCAAAUGUCAUUUCGGGGGUUCUAAACUUCUACGUGUUGCAUUGCCAAGGUGGAAGAAAUAAAAAUGUUUCCUAUUUCUUAGGGAUAUGGUUUAUAUAACAAGUCAUUUGACAACCUUUGUGUUUUUCAGACUGAUUAGAACUUGCCAUUUUCAUUUCUGUUGUGGUUUGACUCUGUGGAACAUCUGGAGCAUGGUGAUGAGGUUGAGAUGAGGGGCAGAAUAUAACCUUUGAAAAUAAUUUAUGUAAUCGUUAGGGACUCACAGAACCAAGAUUGCUUAUUGUUGCUUUGAUUUGGAUGGGUGUGAGGGGUGGGAAGGAGAGGAGAAGUCAAACACAUAUCUUCAAUUCUCAUUCCUGCAUAAUGAAUCCUGUAACCUUCCUCAUUUUAUAGAUCUUUCUUUUCAAACACUUUUAAAUAUCUUACCUUUCCAUUCAGCAAAGUCAAAUGCCAUUCAGGCUAUUAGUUACAUAGAUGUUUCAGAAACAGAAGAAACUACAAGAAAGCAAUUGUCAGUCUGAAAGUAUCCUCUGUUGAAAACUGGAUAGAAGCCAGUGACCAUGACAAAGGUUGUGUUCUUGCAUAUCUCUCUGUGUAAGGACAUUUCCUCAAAAAAAGAAAUUACUGCUCUGGUGACUGAGACUUUAUCUUAAAUUAUUUUUAGUGAGUCUUAUUGUGAAGCAAGUACACACAGGAUAGCUGCCUUGGCAUGUUGUACAGAUAUCUUUACAAAGGAAUUCCAAGUGUUUGCCCCAAAUGUCAACAUUUUCUAAAUGUUGUGUUGUGGAUUGCAAAACGGUUUGUUGAUGCCUUCCAGUCUCCAUAGAAAAAGGGACCUUACCUUACUUCUGACAAAAAUGUUGUGAAUUUGUAUUGCACCUGAGUUACUGACAACAGGUUUUACUUACUUACAGAAAUGUAAAUGCAUGCCACAAUAUCCACCCAUUUGCCUAAAGCAGUUACAUCCUAGGCUUGGCAGCUGCCAUCCACCCACAAAGGUUGAAGUCACAGUGAAUAGAGUAAGCCUUUGGAAUAACUUUUUAAAUUAUGUCUCUUCAUCUGAAGGAGUGUCAUAUGUGCAUCUGUUUAUCACCCAGAGCUAUUUCCCAAAACAUUUUGUUUCCUGUACUUUAAUUUUGGUAGCCAGCAGAAGGAAGGAGGAGCAGAUUUAAGUUGUAUUAAAAGGAUGUAAGGAUUUGGGUAAAUAUAUAAAUCAUUGUUCACAUUUCUUUGAAGAGUAGCAAAACAAAUUGAGUAACUUUUGUAGUAAUUUUUUUGUCCUCUAAAUGGAUUAAACAUCCCUGUCAAGAUGUUAAAUGACUUGAUUUGGGGUGAAUUUUAAAGACUCUUAUGUGAACAGUUUCUUUCCACAAGGUGAAAGGAGUGUCUGUCCCGUAAAUUAUGCUAGUACUCUUUAUCCCGAAGCAAGAUCCUAUGCAUGAUGUCAGUCUUUCCCACGCUACCAAUGUGAUUGCAUUGCUGUUUGGAUGACAAGUCCUUUUUCUUGGCUGUGAUUUCUGUCACACAUAUCCAACUUUGGGAUUGGUAGGGCUGUGAUUUUUAUGGUAUUUUUCUUGGCUUUGUGUAGUCAUUUGGGACAUGGAUAGGACUGUUAUUCGUAAGUGAGCACUGUGUAGAAACAGUUCUGAUAUUAGAACAUAUUUCAUGUUGCUGUUCCAUUAAUGAGUGAAAAACUGAAUGUGUAAGACAGUAGGCAAGAGAAGACGUUCAUUUUACAAUACUCUGUGCAAAAGGUGAAGGUAAAGGGACCCCUGACUGUUAGGUCCAGUCGCGGAUGACUCUGGGGUUGCGGCAUUCAUCUCGCUUUAUUGGCCAAGGGAGCUGGCGUACAGCUUCUGGGUCAUGUGGCCAGCAUGACUAAGCCACUUCUGGUGAACCAGAGCAGCGCACAGAAAUGCUGUUUACCUUCCCGCCGUAGUGGUACCUGUUUAUCUACUUGCACUUUGACGUGCUUUUGAACUGCUAGGUUGGCAGGAGGAGGGACUGAGCAACGGGAGCUCACCCCGUCACGGGGAUUCAAACCGCCGACCUUCUGAUCGGCAAGUCCUAGGCUCUGUGGUUUAACCCACAGCGCCAUCCGCGUCCCAGCAAAAGGUAGGACUCUGUUAAAACAAAGAAAGAAAGGGCUAUGUUUGCAAAUAUGGUGCAUGGAAAAAGGAUCUGUUUGGUUGGUUCACCCCACAACAUAUGAAUAUUAUCUUCUAAGCGGUAGCAGGGUUGGUAUGUUGAAGAAAACAACAACAAAGACUCUUAUGAUUCCUUAAUGGGAGCAGAUUUGUUGUAAUGCAUCUGGUGAAGUAGACUGGCUUGUGUUACUAUAUUCAUUGGCCUUUAAUAAAUUAUUUGAAAUAUUUUUGUUGAAUAGACAGAGAAUUGUGAUACUGUAGGUUGAUAAUAACAUUAAAACAGUGCCUGGCUGAAAAAUCCUUGCCUAUUUGAAAAGGUUUAAAUGGCACAUACUUUACUUCGAUCAUUUUUUUCACAUGUGGAGAAAGUGACUCUGCAGCCACUGAAGAUGCCAUGCCUCUCAGGUUUUUACUGAACAGUUUUUGCUGUGCAGAUUUCACGUAUGGAUGGCAUCACCAGACUGACCAUAGAAGUACUAUGGAAUAUUGUAAAAGAGGCCACAAAAGUGGGCAGUCUUGUGUAGCAAUCUCAGAUUGCAGUAUACUUGGAUGCCUCUAUGUUGGUUGCUACCACUUCCCUGAAUGUAGUUGUUCAGGUAGCAGACAUAAUAAGCAAACACCACACCCCUGUGUACAGAGACAAUGACUAGGUCUCAGUUGGGAUUCAGAAAUAUACUUUAACAAACUAUGAGUAAUCCUGACAUAAAUAUAUUACAUACUCUGCAGCUAAUUGUCCAGGGAGCCUUUGAACUUGUGCUUUUAAAAUUGCCUUAUACAGUGGUACCUCGGGUUACAUAUGCUUCAGGUUACAGACUCCGCUAACCCAGAAAUAGUGCUUCAGGUUAAGAACUUUGCUUCAGGAUGAGAACAGAAAUUGUGCUCCGGCAGCAGUGGGAGGCCCCAUUAGCUAAAGUGGUGCUUCAGGUUAAGAACAGUUUCAGGUUAAGUACGGACCUCCGGAACGAAUUAAGUACUUAACCCGAAGUACCACUGUACAUGCCUUAUACAAGCUGCUUAUGAAUGUAAAGAUUAUCUCAAAUGCUUCCACUUUUUAUAAGUAGGUGUUCUGAAAACCUGGGAUUCACGCAUUGGUUUACUAGCUUCUUAACAGAGCUAAUUUAUACCAAUUAAAUUCCCACUAAUCCAACUCAUCCAGAAGUGCCAUAGCUGAAGCUUCUGAGCAGUAUUUGAGUCGAGGGUUCAUUUUUGUCCACUGGGUUAAAGAAGCAUUCGGCUCCACCCCUCCCUCUUUCCUUUAUCUGCACACAAUUUCAAGACUGGAAGAUGGAGUUUCCGCUGGCAGAAUGACUUUCUGUUUAUAGAUUUAUGUUGUAGCCCCCCCAGCGGCCGAAGUAUUUGCUGCGGCCCCCUAAAAAAGCUCAACCACCUUGACCCCCACCCCCCACAAAUGGGUAGAUCACUUCCACUUUAAUAUUCUGUGAAUAGAUCACAGUCUCUUGGGAUUUGGACAUCCCUCAUACAGUAUAGAUGAAGUGGAUUAGGCUCAUCUCCCAUUGUUUUUGUAUAUGAUGUUCUUUGGUGAUCCCUGCAGCCCCUACAUCUCACACGCUGUUCUAAAACAUCUAAAACAUCCUCCAAAAAAUCCUCCUACAAAACAGAUUUUAUUUGUGUGGUAUAGAAGGGGAUUGUAGAUGUGAAGGAGAACUGAGAUGGCCAGGAUUCCUGUUCCUGUUCUGAUCCAAUAGAAGGUUCUGUUGGAUCAAAGAGCCUUUCAUCAGCAGGAAGGCACCAGUUGGAUGCAAUCUGUCAGCACUAACUUGCAGAAAUGAAGUCAGCAAAUUGCUACUACUUUGCUUUAAAGUAAAGGAAUAGCUUAUACAAAUGUUCUGUUUCGUUUUUAAUUUCCACAAUGUGGCUGUUCAUUUAAACAUUAAAAAAAAAAUGCCUAAAGUACUUUGAUAUUGUGUAAACAUUUUAAAAUUGUUAUCUAUUUUAAUUGUAACAGAUCCCAAUCAUUAAUAAGUAGUCAUUUGUUUAUAUUUUCUUUAUAGAUUCAAUAAAUAAAUUAAUUGAUAGGAGAAGAUGGUUAGAUCACGAUCAAGAUCACCAAGAUGGAAACGAAGGUAAAUGUCCAUAUUUUUCUACAGAUCAUAAAGGUUUCUCUUAACUUACUAGAAGAGAGCCUUAAAUGAUGUUGUCAGAAGGGACUUUUUCAGGGUUUGAAUGAGGCUGAGUCCUAAUAAUGUAGAACAGUAAAUAUGUUCAGGACUCCACAUGUGAAAGAGAUUCUGAUAAUAGAAAUGCAAGUUUAGUGUUUUCUCCUUUCUUCACAUUAGUGUUCUAAUGCCUAUUUGAAUGGAGUUGGAAUGACUGCAUAUAAGGAGAGGCUUACUAAGUGUGAUUCAUUAGAUCAGAGCAAGCUUUGUGUGCACAACUCCUGAGAGAUUCCUGUUUGUAUAAUGGAGAAGAUCUGCUUACAGGAACCUGUUCUUUGUGUUUAUUGUCCUUUUAAGUAUCAGGACAUGCAUUUUAAUUGACUUUAAAAAGGGAGAGACUGCAAGUCGCAACUGCAAAGCCUCCAUGUGCUAGUUAAAAUGCGCUACUCAGGGUAAUUUCAGCCAGAGACUUUUGGACAUGGUUUGUGAUAAAGCCUAAGAUUCACAAAAAGAAGCUGUAUUACAGUAGUUAAAAUGGAAUUGUGUUUUUGUGUGUUUAUAUGUAGGUCUUUAUCGCCUGCCUUCAGGAGUCAGGAACACAACAGACAAAGGCACAAUCAUAGCAAUUAUGACUGUGAAUACAAAGGUUUCCGGAAAGAUGCAAAGAAGCCUAUGCCAUGGAGAGUGGAAGAUGGGAAAUAUGGACAAGCCAGUACUAGAUAUGCACCACAUGACACUAACCACCACCGACUUUAUGAAUGUAGGUCAUAUUCACCAACUCUGAAAAGAAUCCCUUCGGAAGAUAUGUAUAGUCACAAACCAUGUAGGACACAUUCACCAGAAAGGAAUGCUGAUAUCGGAAGAUGCCACUUUCCUUCCAGGUAUCCAGAAAUGUCUCGCAAAGAACACAACCAUUCUUUUUAUCCGUCCAAAACACGUGACAGAGAGAUGCAUGAAGACCCCCGAGCUGCUGCUGGAAAUACAAAAGGGAUGAAGACUUUCCAUGAGCCAUUAGGAACUAACUUUGAAAGGAAGUGGAAUGAAAAUGACUUGAGGCACCACCAGUUACAAGAAGACAAGUAUACUCAGUCACCUCGAAGAUGUUCUAGUGAAUUUAUGCCAAGGAGCUCUUUGCAGAAGAGGUAGAGAAAUUGCCCAGUUUUAAUGGUUUUUUAAAUGGUGUAAAGCCUCAAGUGAAAGUCGAUUGUCCUUAUAGUUGAAGAUUCUACCCUGAAAACCAUUUUUUUUGCUAACAGAAUAAAACAUAGUUUAAUUGUGGGCUGCUGGUGGUAGAGCAGUAUUGUAUCUUUUAAGUUAAUCCUGUUGGUGGCUAGCAUAUAAAAGGAUCAUAAUUUCCCCUCUCUUUAGUGGCUUGAGGGAUCAUGGGGUGACACAUUCUACAUAAAGCCUGUGUUUUCCAGCAUUCUGCAUACGUAAGUUCUCAUUUUCUUCCUUACUGCAAGUAUAAACUACUUUAUGUCAACACAGGUAUCCUGAAGAUCGUGAUAACAGAGAAUAUGGGCACACGUCUAAAAGGGCUAAAGAAUUGGAGAGGUAUGAUGAUAGAGAAGUAGCAAGUAAUUCCAAGUGGAAGCAAGAUCAUUCUUCACUCAACCAAGAAAAGGGAGAGCAAAGAAACCCUGGUCUUCAAACCCAUCGGCCUGUUGUAAAGGAGUACAGUGAUAGCUGUCAAACAAAGAUUACGUACGACUAUAGUCAGAAACGUCAUAGACAUCCAGAUGGAGGGAAAUAUAUAUCUGAUGAAAGAGCAGAGAAAUAUACGAAGGUGGAAGAGAAGAAAUAUAGUUCUCCUAAAGAGGCUUGGAAUAGCAAAUAUUCAAAUUACUAUAACAGUGAAAGAGUCAGGCACACAGAAGACCCUCAUGCAGAAGCAUCAGUUAAAUAUAUUUCGGGAAAAGGCUGCAAUUCAUGUGUUAAAUCUCACAAAAGUGAUGCUGAUCUUUUACCCUUUGAUCAAAAAGAGAAGGAAAGACUCAGGAAAGAAAUGGAUUUUAGGGGAAGGAGAGACCAGCAUGACACUCAUCACAAAAUUUCAGAUGUAAAAGUGUCUGAUGUCCACCACACAAGAAAGGAAAAACUCACAGUCAAAGUGGAUAUGAAGAAAACCAUAAAUAAAUACAGGUAUUGCCUUUUGGAUUUUUAAAAACAACACCCAUGUUUAUGAAUGUAUUAAAGAUGUCGCUUGAUCAUUAUAGUACGGUAGUAUUGAGCUCAAUUAACAGAACAUAAGUGGCUGUGUACCGUGUGUGCUUUUGUGUGGCUGUGUAUGUUGUGUGUGUAUGUUGUAUACAUGUAUGUAUAGAUAUCUCAUGGUGCAUUUUGUUAAUAAGCAUGCACUUAUUGUUCAGUUUAAAAUGUAUGUGGUAAGUUGGAAUUCAAACAAUUUUACGUGGCAUUCUGCAAGCCCUCCAAAACAUUGUUUGUGGACCCCCCCCCCCCCGAGAAACUGCUCCAGAAGAUUAGCAAAACUGGGUUCUGCCCCGGUACACUCUGCUGUCUGAGGCUAAGAUAAAGGGCAGCUUCUCCCACAAUUUCUGCCUUCAUUCAUCCCUCUCUUGCAUGGUGCAUCUCAAGUAGGUAGCAGAAUGGGAUAGGGAAAUUGACACAGUUCUUAUGUACCCAAUUGCUCUAGGUAUCUGCAUAGGCAUUUUUGGAUCCUGACCUAUAAGCAGUGUGGUAAGAAUUUUCUUCUACACCACCUUGUUCUCCCCCAUGCGAGGGACCACCUUUAAAUAAAACAUGGAACCAAGGAAGAAAAUCAAGUCUGGCACCCAGUUAGGGACCCAGAGUUUAUUAGAUACUAUUGCAGUAGGACAGAGCCCAACUUAAUGUGGUUGUUCUAGCCAAACCACCACUUAAGAAGAUUCACUCCCCAGUCCUAACUAGAACAACAUCUUUAAUGACCAUUUGUGCCACCUUCAGGGUUAGAUAGGGUUUAUUGCUUAUGGCCUAGAGAGCGCAGGGGUUAUAAAAUGUAGGCACACAGGAGCCAUGCAUAAAAGCUUUUCAGUGCUGCAUUCUAUCUAAAUGCCAUUAAUAUUUGAAACAUAAUUAAAUCAAAAUAUACACCCUGGGUCUCUGAUUCUUAUAUCAGCAGUAGUCAAGAGCAAAACCUAGGGCAAAACGUUCAACAUCUUCUCUAGUGUGAGAAUCUGUGUUGUAACUUCUUAUGAUGCAUUAUGCUCUAGAUUUGUCAAAUGGGAGAAAGAAGGGCUUUUCUGCAGGAGGACCCUAAAAGCUCCACGCAGGGACACCAGAACACCAGCGUAUGAGAAUGCAGUGUAGCCAUUUGAAAUACCACGGAAUUCCAUUCAUCCAAGGCAAGGGUGUAAGGGAAGCACCUUCUUCCUUGGAUAGGCUACUCACCAGAGCAGGAAGCGUAGAGGAUUACAAACUGAAGAUGGGAGAGAAUCUUGUAUGUACCAUGUUCAAAAGAGGAGAUAAGGCUUCUUCCUAAGAUACUGAUUUCUGAUAGGACUGAGCCAAAUGUUUGGGGUCACCAUUUUUAGCACAAAACAGCUUUCAGAGAAUCCAGAAUGAUUAUUUAAAAUUUGGCCCAGUGACAUCACUAUUAACAGCAGAAUAAGAAAGCAAACAAAAAUGGCAUUUAAGCAAAAGCUGUCUCCAGCAUUUCUGUCCAGACUUAAUUUCUGAGUUGUCUUCAGGAUGUUAUAGGUUGAACUGACUCUUUGUGUUUGCUUUAAAACUUGUGUGUAUAUUGGUUGUGAAAAAGGGUAAGUACUUGAAGUGUUCCUAAUAUAAAAGUAAAAUGUAUUACAUUAUUAAAAUCACAAACCUUUCCUUCAUUUGUGGAAUGCUUAGUUUUACUUUCCUUUUAAAUAACCUUUUUAAAUGUAUUGUUACUGUUAUGUUAAAUAUUUGAGGGAAUAUUUUCUAAACAUGUCUAAAUUUAUUCCAGGAGUUCGUCUAGUCAUAUCAUGGAGAGGCAGACAUCAUGUGAUCUAGUAGCUGUGGGUAGAAAAACUGAAAAAUUCCAUCCAGUGUUUGAGCAUAUAAAAUCUGUGACGCAGAAGGUAGAACAAAACCCAUCAAAAGAAUUUGCUCAGGAAAUCAUCACAAUUAUCCAUCAAGUUAAAGGUGGUUACAGAGUGUUAGACAUGCACAUUAUCUGUGGUGUAGUCUGCAUCUUUGUGUUACCAAAUUAUUAUGAAUGUCAUUAAUCCAAGUAUCUCGGGAUGUGUGAAACAUCAUAUAGACUUCACGGAGUUGUGCAAGAAUAAUCCAUAUUUAAUGGUGGUGCAAUAUUUUGCAGAUUUCAGAGCAAGAAAUUAGUAGUUUAACAUAUUAAAUCCAGGAAAUAUUGCUUUCUGCUCCUUAAAUUAGAAAUUUCAUGUAGGACCUGUAACAAAUUGUGUGUCGUGUAGAGUGCUCCUAUUCAGGAUACUCAGUUGAAUUCUGCUACAUAGUUUUCUAUCCCCCUCCAAUGGACAGUCACCAUUCUGUGGCAUGCUCAGUUUUCAUUGGGUUUUUUGGGAGGAGGGAGUUCCCCACUAGGGUUUUAUCCCUGAGCCUGCAAACACCUCGCUCCUGUAUAUGGAUGGUGUGAUUUUGGCUACAUAAGAGACUAGGAGAAUUGCGAUCACUAUUAGUAUAUAUGAUUAUUAGAUUUAUCAUAAGAUUGACUCUCUGAGCUCUCACAAUCUUUGUAAGAAGAAAGGAGAGACGUAUUAGUGCUUUUUGGACUGUGAAACGGAGUCCUAGAAAACAUUGAGCAAUAAUAAGAGGCAGUCUCCCUUUCUAUGUCAUAACUCACGUGUAAGGUCAGUUUUAAAUUAAAAAGACUGAACAAAAAUAUAGUUGCAUUUAACAAGUUAUGGUCUCUUCAAGUCAUAUGAGGUUACCUAAACAGAAGUACACUUGAAUUCAGGAGAAAAUGAAAUUAUGUACACAUAUUCUAGAUCUUUUGCCUUGUUGCCCAUUUUGAACUUUUUAUAAAAAGUAAGUAUUGCUUUUAUCUUUUGCAUUUUGAGGUGUAAGUAAUGUUGUUCACAUCUUUAGAGGGGCACGUCUUUAGGACCUCAGAGAGUUAUUGAAGGGCUGCCGAAGGCUAAAUCUGUGGGUGGGAUUCACCUAACGAGCUAAUCAGUGAAAGCCCUGGUCAAGGAUUUUUGUUUGUGCAAUUAGGCUUCCCCCUCUCUUGCACAGAUAGAGCCAUUGGAAGAGAGUAACACGGAAUUCCACCCAUUAUCAUUAGAGAUAAUGGAGAGAAAGAGAUAUGACUUUAGAGAUACAGAGCCGUGAGGACAUAAAUAACUUCAUAGCUUCAUUGUCUCCAGUGUGUUAGUUUCAGCAGCACUUUUAAUGCUGAAAUUGCAAUGAAAAGGCUUAACUUAUUUUUCCCUAUUUAUCCUCUUCACAGCAGAUUACUUUAAAUCUCCUGAUCUGACGUUACAUGAGCGCUUCUCAAAAAUAGAAGAUAAGCCAUUGGCAAAUGAAGUUAAAAGACAUUCGAAUCCAGAAAUUCACAGGUAAAAUAAACGUACAUUGGUCCAGUAAAAAUCUUGCUCAGUUGACAGAUCAUUUCUUUGCUACCUGGCAUGCCUCUCACCAUGGUUCAACAUUUGUUUCCAUAUCCUGGCUUGUUUGGAAGCCAUUAACUUGGAAGCUCCAUGUUCAGAUGUAAUGAGAACUGUGCUUAGCCACAGCUUGCUUGCUCAAAGGGAGCAAAGAAGUGGGAGCAAAGGGACUGCAUGCGCAUGCAUGAAGUUCAUUCAUAUCUUCACCUUCUAUGCUAAGAUUUGAUCAUCAGAGUGCAGUUGUGGAAACUUAGCACACAGAGUACAGCAUACAUAGGCCGGAACUAUAUUGGCUUUUUGUUGGUUAAUGACUUUCGUUUAUGCCUCCGGGGUUUCAAUCCUAAUAGACAUAAAUUACAUGACUAGGAAUGUAUACAGAACAUGGUGUUAAAACACAGCAUUAUCUUGAAUAUGAAUGUGACCAAGAAGACAUGUCUUUCCCAUGUGCAUCAAUUCCUGGCCUCUGAUUUUUGGACCCUCUCCCAUUACUCCCAUAGUCCAUGUCAAUAUUUCCCAAUCUGGUGCCUUACCACCAGCUCCACCAGCACAGUAAAACUCCUAGUAGCUCAAUGGUUGUAAAGAUGCAUUAUGCAAGUAUUUUUGUACUGCCACCCAUACUUGCAUUGCUCACUAACCACACCUACCCCCUGCCAAACUUCCUUUGCUAACCUCCCACCCCUUCCUUUUACACGUCACUCAAUUAUCUCACAGCUCCUUCAACCCCCUGGGCCACCCACUUGCCCACUGUGCCGCCCUCCUCACUUGUUUGAUUUGACCGGCUUAGCUCGCUUGCUCUGCCUACUGUUACCAUCCUACAGUUCACACACCACAUAAACUGCAGCAUGACUUUUUUCUUAUACAAUAUUAUAUAGUAAGAUAAUUCAGUUCCUAUUGAAGUUAACUUUCUUGCUUCCAUUUGACCCUCUUACUGAUGCUGAAUGAUAUGCUCAUUACACCAGGAGAAUCGAUAUGUCUUUGGCCGAACUUCAGAAAAAAAGAGCUGUUCCAUGCAAGUCUGAGCAGGUAUGUGUAUUUUAUUUUGGAAUGGAAGGAAAGUGUAUUUUCAGUGACAAUAUUGUAAUUCUAAAAUGUCUUCAUAUUUUAAAGUGGUAUAGGCUAACUUAAAUAAUUUGUACCGGACGGAUAUAUAUAUUUAAUUUACUUACAUUUAUAUCCCAUCCUUUCUUCAAAGAUACCAAGCAAGGGUUUGUGAGUCUGCACACACACACAGAGGUGCUCCCCCACCCACCCAAACAACCCUGUGAAGUAUGUUUUGUUGAGAGAGAGUGCCUGGGUCAGUGUCAAAUGAGCUUAAUGGCUGAAUGAGGAUUUGGACCUGGGUCUUCAAAGCCUUCCCCCAACACUUAAAUCAGUGGGGGCCAGUGUGAUGCCCUGUAGAUGUUAAUGGAAACAACUCCCAUCAUUGCUGCCUGGGUCUGAUGCGUAUUGAGUUCCAGCACCAUUUGCACCCUGCUCUAAACCACUAGUCCGCAUUAGAAUCUUACGUCAACAUAAUCUGUGACACUGAUCUCUAAAAUGUGAAGCUCUUUGUUUUGUUGGUUUAUUUCUUCUAAUACUAAUCUUGUUCAUAAGAAAAAAUGAAGAAAAAUAAAAGUGAAGUGUAUCAUUCUCUAAGCCAUUUAUUGUUUCUUUAGAGCGUGAUGAGAGUUCUAGAAGAUCCAAAUGAUCUAAGAUAUGACAUUGAGAGAAGAAGAAAAGAAAGAUUGCGGAAUGAAGAUGAGAACAACUUUUAUAUUGAUGGUGCAUCACAUAGGUAAUUGUGUUCAAAUAACAGGUUGCACUUUUAUGAACUUUAAAACAUAUUUCAUUUUAGAGUAUUCCCCCCCUUUCCCCUCAUCGUUUUCAAUGUAGCACUCAAAAGACACUUCAGAAAUCCUAUGUUUUUAAUUUUCUAUAAUGUAUUUAAAGGAUAAAUUAAAGUUAGUUUUGCUUUUGGCAAUAAUCUUUAGGUCCUCCUUUCUCUGAUGCAGUAUAUUGUAUAUGUUAGUCCCAAUAAUAAUAGAGAUGAGGAUGAGAAGUCAAAGUAGUUUAGAUGCUAAACUGUCACCAUGCUAUGUUAGGCUGUGUGAGAGUAAUGAUGGACAUAGGGUGUAGAAAAGUCUAUUCAUUUAUUCCUUCCUUUCAUCUCUUGCUUGAGCUCAAGUAGGACUAUACAGAAGGUUUUUGCUUUCUAGCCGCACAGCCCAUUAGAGAUGUCUCUUGCCUUUGGUGGUAUGGUUAAACUUUGAGUCAGAAGUCCAAGGGUGGAGCUCUCAUUAUGUUUGCUUCGAUUUGUCUGGCUGUCAAAGCCAGAUGAUGCCCACUCUGCCUGUAAUCCCAUUCUGCCAAGCAGCAUCUUCUGGAUCUCAUCUCCCUCCAAACUAGUCACAGUUUUCCAUGAGCGUUUUUUCUCCCCAUUCAUGUAUUCUGGAGGACAGCUGUUACUCUUUGGUCAUCUCUACCACAUGGGAAUUACAACAAGAAGACUGAUGAUGUGCAUGAUGCAUAGAGACAGGAGCGAGACACUGACUCUUAUUGUCUGUCUUCAACACCCUUUUCAUCAGUUUACCAAAAAAAUAUGAAUCAUGCUAUUUUGCAGUACCUAAAAGAUAAUGUAGCUAAUUGGCUUUAUGGAGUGAAGUCCUAAUUACAUUGCUAACUGUGUAUAUAUAGGGAUGCUGGUAUUGAAUAUGGUAAUUGCAAGUGUGUAGUCUCUUCUAUGACGAAUAAUUCAAUAUUCUUGGAUGCUUUAGUUUUUAAAAAAAGUUUUGUAACCCAUAGUGAUUUGAGGAGAAUUUUGAAAAUGUAUGGCUGAUUUUUCUGAGAGUUUGUGACGCUUGAGGUCGAAUGAGCAAGUGGACCUGGUAUGCAUGUAACCAUCUUGUCUGUCUUUAGAUUCCCUGUACCCAUUCCCUUGGCCCCAUCCUGUUGCUAUUAUUUCUUGGUUUCUUUCUCUGCAAAGGUUCUGUCUGUGCUCUUCGCCUUUCCCUCAUCCUUAUAAAUUUUCAAAUGGUUAAAACGCUGGAUUUUGGAAGUCUUAUUUAAUUAAGUUGUUUAAUGAAAAAUCUGAUCACUGAAAUUUGGUUUAGAUGGUAUAGGAUUUUAAAAUUUCACAGUCCACAUAGCCUUGACCAACUGCGACAGCAGCGCAAAGCAAUAUAUUGUGUCUUCAGUCACAGUGUUUGCAAAGUGCUGUCUGGCAAAGCUGUUCUGGGUGAUGUAUGACCUGGUGAACUCUGGAUGUCUCUGCUGGAAGAUGAGUCAUUCUUGGCUCUCUAUACUGAAUUUGUCACCUAUUUUGUAGACCAUAUUACUCAAUAUUUAAACAAAGUUAGAUCUUCUAACUGAAUAUGGAGUGUGAAUUCACAGUGUCAGGAAUUUAGCCUGGCUUUAUUCGUUGAGAUAAUUUUAAGUCAUUGUUACAUCCAGUGAGCAUAUAGUGCUCAGGGGUACGUGACUGACUCAGAAUAGUGCUGGCUCACAAAGGCCUUUUGGAAGAAGCAGAAUUCUUUUAUCAACUCCAACCAUUUGCCACUUUGUCUGCAAUGCUUCUCUGCACUUGGAUACUCUCUCCUUUUUAAACCACUAGUUUUUCUGGCUUUCAGCUUGCAUAUGGUACUGAGAAUCUAAUGCUCCUAUUUUAUAAUCUCUGCCUAGCAUAAUUGGAAUAAUUGUAUCCUGUUGACCCUCUUGCAUCUUUCGUUCCUUUAAAACCUCUAGAGAAGAUUACUGUAAUGUAAGUGGCUGCCCACAGAGACGGCUGGGAUGCUUCAGCAAGCAUAAAAGUAGUGGCCCAUUUUCUGACCAGAUGAAUUGUCAAGAUCCCAGUUCCUUCUACCUGUUUUCCAUUGUGCUCUCUUUUGAUCUACUGAGAAUGCCCUGUGGAAAUUGAUAUCCAUGUGGUACAUCCACUCUAUGAAAGGAUUCUCAGUGGCUACCUCACUAUUUAAGUGUCCUUCCUCACAACAUUUCCAAAUAGGAGGAACAUCAGUAAGUGCUUUAAAACCUUACAGAAACUGGCUUUCAGUUGCCAGCAUUAUUUUGGUGGGUACUAUGGUUUACAUUUGAUAUUUUCUAGAAAUAUAUCUUUGUUUGUUCAAUAUCUGGCCAAUUGUGUUUACAGAUUUAAGACAUAUCACGUAAAUAUUUGGUAAUUCCCCAAUUUUAUGCAUUUGAAGCAAAAUACAGCUUCUUAUUCUUGACAGUUUGGGGACUUCAUAUAGAACUCUGUAAAACUGAUGCAUCCAAACUUAAUGGAAAUAAUGCAGAGAAAAAAGGAUUUCAUCCUAGGUAUUUGCAUAAAUACUGUUGUGAUUUUUGACAACUCAUAGUUUGCAAUCAUGCAGAAACUUUUAAUUUCGGCAUAAAGAAUGUGGCACAGGCAAGGAUGCUUUGUGUAUAUGAUAUUUGUUGUGGAAACCUAUCGCUUUCCAUGAGACUCUUCCCUCUUGACUGCUUGUUUGUGUCUGAAAAAGUGUCUGUUUAUGAGAAAUGUCUUCAGCUCUCAAAAAUGUAAGCUACCCAUAAUAACAGGAAUACACAUUAAUUUUUUUAAUGGAUAUUGGCUGUUAUUGAUUCAUCCAACAGAGAACCUGCAUUGUUUUUAUAUUUCUUCCCAGUCAGGUUAUGAAGGCUUCAUAGCAACAUACUCGAGAGUUACCUUGGGUUUAUUUUAGUGACCUUUACAUUCAGUACUCUGCAUUUUUGUUUGCAUGGAAAUUUUAUUUCAUUUUAUUUUAUCCUGUUUAGUCAUAAAAACCUAAGUGGUUUAUGUAAAACUGCAUUAAUAUUACUGAUAAAAUCAGAUAUUUAAAACAAGCUAGCUUCAUUUUCUUCAAAACCAACCAUUUUAAAAAUACACAUUUAAAAAUUACAUAUUAAAAUACAUGCCAAAUUUGCAGGUCUAGGUAGGCUUGCUUAAACAUAAACUUUAGCAGGGAUUGAAAACAGUGCACUGAAUGUGCCUGCUUGAUAUCAAUGGGUAGGGAGGAUUAGCCUGGCUGGCUGGUGAGCUUAUUAUCAUGGAUUUUUAAAAAAUAAAUUGGUUAUUUGAUCCUAAUUUUAAAAUGCUAUGCUGUUUGACAUGGCAUCAUUUUAGUUUUCACAGCUUUUAAUAUUGUGUCUGUUUAGGGAUGAACAGAGUAGUAGCUUUCCAAAAUUACGAAACACUCAAAUGUAUGGAUUCCAAAAACCUGGGAGAUUUCUAAGACCACCUUUCAGGAAGUUUAUUAGGAAACCUCACAUGGUAAGUUGAAAGUAUUAUUACUUGAACACAGUGUCUGACUAUUAAAUUAUUUCUUUAUCAGGUAGUCAGGGAUGCGUUUUUGUAGCCCAUUAAAAGCUGCAAACACUAACAAGUCUUAUCUUGUCCCCUGUAUAUAAUUUUUUUGAGGAAACCCCCAGUUUAAGUUAUUUUCAGGCUGUACAAUAUAUAUAAAAACAAUAUAAUGAAUGACUGAGUCACUACAAGCUGGUACUUUUUAUUUGUAUCGGGAUACCUUUUACAAUUUUUUUGUUUUCAGGUUGUACAGUUCAAUAGUAAACAAAUUGUGGCUUGACAACCAAUGGAAGUUUCUACUCUCCAGCAGAAAUAUACUAAAAGUUCCUCUGAAAAUGGGCUAAGAACUUUUCUCUUUCCACAGCCCUAACCUACUCACUUUCACAUUUAUAUAUAAACCCAGCAUAUUAGACAGAGCGGCAAGACUUGUAUCUCCCCACAUCUCAUUUUCUGCAUGAUUUUUCUUCAAACUUAAACUUUGCCACCAACUCCCUUGCAAAUGUACUGUACACAAUUGAGAACACAAUCUCUCACCCACACACUUCCUCAACAAACAAACAAAAAAAUCAGUCCUGGUUUCUCCUAAUCCUGCCUUAGCAGUUCUUGAAAAAAUAAUUUUCUGCUCAACUCUCCAACUUGCUUGCUUAUUUAUUUAGGUAUUUUUGGGCCAUCUGCAAAUAUCUGCAGAGGAGAUUUCUAAAAUACAUUGUACAACAUCUAUCUCAGGAGGGCUCUAUUCUUGGCACCCUUCCCUACAUAGGGCAUAAGUUGUCCCUCAGCAGUAAUCUGUUUUCAAGACCAGGACAGAAGACCAAUAAACCCCCGUUUUGUUGACAGAAAUCUUCUCCCAGGUUUCCCCCCCUUCUUUCCUUGCAGCAGCAGCUCUUGGCUUUUGUUUGCUUGUUUGCCCAAAGCCAUUAUAGAGUGGCUGAGGUGAGCUAGGGAUGAGCCACAGCUGCUUUUUUUCCUCCAUGAUAAUCAUUAGAGGGUGUGGAAGAGAAGAAGCCAAAAAUGGAGGCAGCUCUUACUCUGUAGCUGAGGGAUUUGUAGAGAGCCAGCAUGGGGAAAGGAGAUGGAACCUGCUGAGGCUACGAUGAGCAGCAGAAAAGCUUGUACAGAAAAGGAAUUUAAGAAAUGGUCUAGCUGACUCCCUUUUAGUUAGCCAGUUAGGAGACUGGCAGAAAUAGUGACUCAGAAGCAGCAGUUGGUCUGGCAGUUGAGUUUGCUGACUUAGUUGAGGAAAUGCCAGCAGAUGUUUUAAAAGAGCAAAAUUCUUGCUGGAGGUUGGUCAUCAGAUUUAAAUCAUGGUUGGUAUGAGGACAAUGGCAACAAUAUUCAGUGAUGGCUGAGACACCCCCUGUCUAGUACUUAAGUACUAAUUUCCAUGCUUUGUAAAGCAGCAAAUAUUAUUGCCCUUCUCCACUGCAACAGGACUCUUCUCCUCUAGCCCUGCUUUCUUUCUUUCUUUCUUUCUUUCUUUCUUUCUUUCUUUGCCACCCUAUAUCCAGAGGUCUCAGGGCAGUUCACAGGAUAAAAUCAUAACAUAGAAACACGAAAUACACAAUCUAUAUAAAAACAAAAACAACCCAAUAACCCUCACAUUCAUUGCAGAUGAAUUAUUAUUUUUCCUUUGAAUCAGGUUCAGGGUUAUACUGUAAAUGCCCAAAUGUUGUUGGUUCACUAAUUGAUUAUCUAGGUAGGCAAAAAAUGUUUGUAAACUCACUUGCAAUGGACACCUAAACAAAGAAACAUCUGAUUCUGGAGUAUACCCUCUCCUGUGUUUCUGUGCAACUGUUGAAGAAAAAAGUUGUAAAUAUGCUAGAACAAGUCACAUGGGCAGAUAGAUAAAUGAAGGAAGAUAAUCGUAUUGGCAGAUGGAAGAGUUGUGAAAUAGAAAAAGGGAGAGGCCAUGUUGUCCCAUAGCACAUUGCACAAUUACACCUACACACAGUUGUAUGUCACUGUUUUAAGGGGUGUCAGUAUUGCAAAAUAGUUGCACGGGCUAAAAAAAAGAAAAACUUGCAUCUCUGGUCAUAACCACACAAAAGAAAAUAUUUCAAAAGAUAUAUUUUUAUGGCUGCCACUAGCUUAUGUUUCCUGAGCAAAUAUAUCCUAGACUUCUUCGCACAUCAUGAUAAGUCAGUAUUCAUGACAUAACUGUGAACAAGCAGAUCUGCUGCUGCACACUUCUGAAUUUUCCCCAUUUUGUUCCACCCUGCUCAAUAGCAUAUUAUCACAAACCUUGGCUCUUCUGUUGUUUCUCGUAUCCCAUAUCAGAGUCUAUAUAAUGGACAGAAAUACUGAAAUGUUAAUUGUAGUUAACAUUAGCUACUAUGCAGUGUGAAUAGCCAAAGGAUAUCAGUUGGAUAAUCCUUGGUCAAUGAAAAUAAUUUCUUUACCAAUCCAGUAGUGGACUUAAAUGUAUGCCAAGAAAGGCAUGGAAAUUAUGAAGCAUAGCAGCAUUUAAAAGUUUGCUUUUCCUGUGAAACAGUUUUAAGUAGUACAUUCUGCACAGACGUCAUUGGGGUCAGCAGUACUCAACCAUGUAAAGUUCAAAAACCUACAUAAAUCCACAGCUUUUGUGACAUUUAAAGUAUUUUGCCAAUGAUUUAUGUAUAACAUAACAGUUACACAAAUACAACAGUACAAUAAUAGUGAGUGGGGAAUCGCCAGUAACAAUAACAGCAAAUCUCACAACGUAUUGUGCUGCUUUAGGAACACAUUUCAAUCACUACAUGUUUGGUGGAGUUAGGGUGUUGGUUGCUUGAAAAAAUUUGCAGAUGCAUCAGGGGUCUCAGUGACCACAAAAGCCAGAUGUGCAAGUUUUGUGCAGAAUGAUAGCUAUGAUUGGGGGAAAGAAAAUGUUUUGGUUUUUUUUAUUGAUGGCUUCCUUCGAAAAUAUCUGAGUCCAUUACUAGAUUGGUACAAUCCAUCUUCUGAGUCACAAGGAAGUGGGGUAAAUGGUUUUUAAAAUUCAGAUUAAAAUACAGAUUUUGUGAACCUGUGGGACAUUAUUGAUCCCUGCUGGCUUUUGUGGUGGUGUCAUGGUAAGUGGGUAAUUGACCUAUAAUAAUAAAUAUAAAUAUAUUAUUUCUACCCCACCCAUCUGGCUGGGUUUCCCCAGCUACUCUGGGCAGCUCCCAACAGAAUUAAAAGCACAAUAAAACAAUAAACAUUAAAAACUUACCUAAACAGGGCUGCCUUCGGAUGUCUUCUAAAAGUCAGAUAUUUGUUUAUUUCCUUGACAUCUGAUGGGAGGGUGUUCCACAGGGUGGGUGCCACUACCUACUCUGAAAAUGGACAGAUACUGUGUGUUUACCCUCUACAAUGCUUUUUCACACAAAAUAGACAGGUUUUGAACUAAAUAUGUGUAGACAUGACUAGCAGCUAAUACAUUUAAACAGCAUUUGGUGGGUCACUUUUAAUCCUAGGACCUUUAUUUGGCUGGUUUCUUUGGUUUUCUCAUUCAUCCUUGUUCAGUAAUUGGGGGGGGGGAGUCAAUUAGCAAUAACCGCGCCUCGGAUUAACCUCAUUGACUACGAUACUGCCACUGCGCAAAGCUACAUUCAUCCUUAAAGAGGUUGAACUGACCCCUCCCCCCCAAAAAAAUGCUGUAAGAGCAAAAGCUCACUAAAUUAAAACACCACAUGGCAGUUCGCACCUCAUUGUUUAGGUAUACCAGGAACAUUGAGAGUUGCGGAAGACUGAAACAAAUGUUUUAUGAAUCUUUGGGGGGGUGCAUUUGACCCCAGCUGUUGAUAGAAGGUUAAACUGUUAGGAAUGAUUAUUCUUCAUAGUUAUUUCACGUUUUGGUAGAGUCAUGGAGAAGAUAAUGUAGCUGGAGCUUGAGUAUCAAAAAAGGAAAGCUAUUUGCAGCUAGGAGUGGGGGUAAGGUGGGUUUGAAGAAGACCUUUCAAAAGUAAUCAGGGAAAAUAAGGAUAAUUCUAGAUGCUACAUUCACCAUGGAGAUUAUUUGUUCAGAAUAUCUGCUCAAAGGUGCAUUCAUAGCACUAUUUAAUAAACAUUGGCCACUCACUUGGUCCUCUUUUACAAAUGCUGCAAGGAUUAUGUGUCAUCUAAGACACAUAGAACAAAAACUGCCAUGACAAACCCCUCCAAAGAGUAUCAGUAAGUCAUUUAGGCUGCUUCAGAAACAAAAAAUUGUAUUAUUGUCACUUAACGUAAAUCAUUAAAUCCGCAGAGAGGGUGUGUGUGUGUGUGUGUGUGUGUGCGCGCGCGCGCGCGCGCAACUUUACAAUACCUGUUUCAGUUAUAAUUGUCAAAUUGUAAGAGUUUAAGUGUGUAGAUGUUUACUGUAAUUUUCUUUUAAUGCAGAAUCAUUAUUAUACUUCAAAAUCACAUGGUGAUAUUGCACGUGAUCGGUUUGAAGACAAUACUGAACAUCAUGAAACAUUUCGAAGACCCUUCAAGGUAUGAAUUCUAUUUUUUGCUGAAUUCUAAUGGAGUAGCAGAAUUCAUUUCUCUCUCUCUCCCACACCCCCUUUCCAGGUUGCAGUAUCUGUUUAACUACAUUUGAAAGAUUGCCCUGCAGUAGAAAGAGCAUCAUUGUCUUAUGAAAAGCCAUUGUUUAUGCCAGUUGCAGAAACAAUUGCAUUAUAAACAAAGAUGCCAUGUAUCUCUUCCUACCUGUUGAAAGCGUCAAGCUGUACAUGGAUGAAUUAGUUUCUACUAAUAGUAGGAAAGAAAGUAAUUAAUUUAAUCUAGAACAACUUGUUUCUCUUUUAUUGCAUUUGGGCACUGUUAAUUAAGAUAGUUAUGGUUUCAUUUGCAAAAUGUUGCUUUUAUACUAUUUGACAUCCUCUUCAUUUGUUAUACAAGAUGCAUAAAAUUGUUGAUUAGUUCUGAGGUGUUGUGCUGCACAUUAUCUCUUGGCUACAUUGCCUGUUUUCAAAACUUGCUGUGAAAAUAGAUUGUUUUUGUAAGGCUAAGCUUAUUCUCCACCCCCACACCUCUACCCCCACCCCCGAAAAAGUGAAGAAAAAUAUGGAUUUGAAAGUAUGAGAUAGAUGAGAGAAGAAAUUGGCACAGUCGAUCCCCUUUUGUUUCAUUUAAUCAUCAGAAGCAGCUUUGAUAAAGGAGCAGUGUAUUCUCGGUUUUUUGCCUGGAUCCAAAAGAAAAUAUCCAGAUUUAUUGACAUUUGAUAAAUGGGCAUAUCCAGUAUAUGGAUGUAUCACUGGGCAUCUGUUCUACUGUUUGUAUUGAAUUAUAAGAGACUUAGAGAUGCAUUUUAUAGAUAAUUAAUUGCAUUUAAAAUUCCUAAACAUGGCAUGUUUUAAAGUUGUUUCCACUGUAACAUGUGAAGAUGGUUUGUGGUGCUGCAUUGAGUCUUGAAGGGGAAAAGAUCAGUAUCUUAAAAAAAUACAUUAUACAGUAAUAUGUACACGUUAAAAUUAUUGACUAUCAGAUUAAAGGGUCAGAAUUAUGAAAAUUGUUAUAAUGGCCAUUCCUUUUCUUCUCUAACAGCCCCACUUUAGUGAUGGUCGGCCCCACUUUAAAUCAAACUUAGUACAGAAGGGUUUAUACAUACAGGCUAAAUACCAACGAUUACGUUAUGCUGGAACAAGGGGAUUUACCACUAACAAAUUUAGAGGAGGAUUUUUGAGGAAAGAUAAGGUGAGUGGAUUUUUACUUCGAUCCCGGAAUAUGCUGCUUUUUUCUUUAAACGUUUUGUAUGCAAGUGUUCACACUGUACCUCCUUCUGAUUACUGAAUGCAUUCAUUUUGUGACAGUUGUAGUCUGUCCUUUCUCUAAGAAGGUCAGAGUGGCAUUUUAGUUUCCCUGCACUGUGAGGCAAGAUAACCUGAAAGAUGACGAUCACAGGCUCCCCAGUUUGCUUCAUGGCAGCUAGCUGCUCACUGCUUAAAGUAGUUUGCAGGAAUAGAAAGACCUUGUCCUGACCCAGGAAGGCAAUUAUAUUUUUGUUGCAGAAUGAGUAUUUAAACCUGAGUAUCCCAUGCCCAAUCUGCCACUGGAUAUAAUGUUAAGGGUCUCUUCUUCACUCCAGGAGCAGAGGAAGUCAGCUUCUAAUGCACUCCCUGCCACAUUACUUUCUCCAAUAGGGUCAGGAGGGUCAGCUACCAUUAACACAGUUGCACAGCACAACAGCGAAAGGUAUCUAUCAUUUCCUCCUUGUCAGGCUCGAAGCUUCAUGCUUUAACUAAUGAGAACAGUGCAGGCGUCUGUCCUCUGGGAAUCUGUCCCUGGAAAAGGAAGCAAAAUAGGCAGCCCACACUGCCCAACUGAUGAAUUCAGUGGGACUGGUGGAGCACACAUCCUUUUUCUGUUUCCUCCCAUGUUUAACAGGGGGGGAGGAGGGGAACGGGAUGACGAAUCUGCAUUCAGCUCUUCAUUUGCCCAUGUGCAUAAACACAGUGCAACUAGGGUGACUUGUAUUCUCUCUCCUCCCUGAGGCAGAUAGCUUCCUAGCCAGAAAAAGGUCUGAUUUCUCUUUGUCUCUUAGCUAUGCUUAGAGAGACAGAGGUAAUGUAUGUCCACUUAACCAGAGCACACUGUUCCUCAUGGAACAGAACUCAAUUCCAGAUGAAAGAGGCUGUUUCCCUGUUUCCAUCCCCACCUCCUUUUUGUUCCCGGAAGUAGAAAGCAUUCUGUCUUGCAUGCUCCAGAGCAGAGCAGCUCCUUUUUUGAAGCAGCUUGCGUAGCCAUUUUCUCCCUCCCUUGCCCAGGAGCAAAGAGAAAGAAAAUCAAUUGAGUAUGAGUUUUCUUUACGGGGGGGGGGGACACCAGAGCCUUUUAACACAGAGAGAUUGCAUCAAGGGCCAUAGCUUGAUGCUAGAGCAUCUGGCUUACAUACAGAAGGUCCCAGGUUCCGUUUCGAAGUAUAGGCUGGUAAUGUUGCCUGCCUGAAACCCUGGAGAGCAGCUGCCAGCCAGUGCAGACAGUACUGAGAGGGACCAGUGGUCUGACUGUUAAAAGAAGUUCCUGUGAUAAGUGUUGUUUUCUGACAAAUGCUUAGAUCAGUUGGCAUAUGGUAUGUUCCUCUCAUGACGUGUGGUGGAGUGGCAGAGUUCUCUCAGUCCCAUGGAACUUGGAACUUCAGAAGCAGCAUUCUCUUGAAACACUGGAUAAAUUAAAAUGUGGAUGAACUCUCUGUUACAAAAACUUACUUCGGGAUAAUAACAUAUAUUUUUCCUUAAACAGGGCCUGGAAAUCUGAGCUGCAGUACUGAAGGCAGUAUCUCUGAUUAUGAUGAUCGUUGCAAGGGAGCAUCCGAUUGCAUUUGUCAAGAACUCAAAUGGGAAAAGCAAAACUAAUACUUUAAUUUUUCUUGAUAAAGAUAAUUUUAUUUUUCAUUAGUGGGAUGUUGCAGAACUUUUUUACAGUUUUAAUAAUGGCUUUUCGAAUACAGUAUUCAACUGAACAUUGUAGGGUUGCUCCUUUUACUUCCUCUUGCCGGCAAGUCAGAGAAAAAAAACCCCUGAAGGGAGUCUUUAUUUAUUGAAUAUUUCCCCCUCACUCUAAGCAUGGUUUUAUUACUAGACAUUGAGUUGUAAUACACAGAAGUUUAUAUGUUUAAAGUUUAUUUGCUUAUAUAAUAAAAAUGAAAAAGUGCCUAUUGCCAUGAGUAUCUUAUGAUUUCUCUAAGCAAUUACUUUUGAAUUGCUAUAGCUCUGCUCACCUGGAAGUUUUCUUAUUACUGAAUACAGGAAUAGCCAAUGUGGUGCCCUCCAAAGGUGGUGGGACUCAUCUCCCAUGAGCCCUGGCCAGCAUGUCCAGCAGUAAGGGAUGUUAAGAGUUGGAGUCCAACAAUAUCAGUAGGAUACUAUGUUUAAUAAAUUUGGUUACAUUCUGUAACACAAAAAUGAAAUUUGCCGGAAAACCUCUAGCCAGCUGAGAGCUGUUAAAAAACCAGUAGAAAAUGUGGAUCACAGAGUGCGUGUGGAUGGCACCCAAUAUUUUGCAAAUGGUCUUUUGCUUGUGCAACAGUCCUUUUUUUUUUUUUUUUUUGCACCCUUCCUCCAAAUCUAUUCUGCAGCAUUCCCAACCUUAGAUCAGAUAUGUGGAAGGUAGAGGGGCUUUAGUGGGAAGAUGGAAUCGAUUGCACCAGUGGUGUCCAUUCUGCAGGCAGAUGAAUAAUUGUGUUUCAAACCUUGUUGCGAUGGAGUGAGUUUGUAACUUGGAUCACGGAAGCUGCAUGAUACAUGCAGCUUUAUCUCUGGGUCCACUUUUGUAAUAGCGAAUGGUGUCUCCAGGUUCCCAAAGUGCUACACUGAGUACAACUGUCUAAUAAUGCUUUCAUAGAAUUAUGAACUGUGGCAUGUUUUACAACAGCACUGAAAGUCGUAGGCAUCCCCAUAAGCUCCAACUCUUCAUUCACAGCCUCUUGCUUAAACUCAAACCAAGGCCAUUUGAAAAAACAAGAUGUUGGGAAUAAGAAGAGCUGCAUGUGGUUACUACAUUGCAAUGCAUGACUAGUGUAUUGUGGGGCAAUGGAUACAAAUCAGAAUAUGAGUAAACAACUGAAACUUGUUGCAUCUGAAAUAAAAGUAAAAGACAGGAAAUCACUGUGAGAACAAACAUAAUUUCACAGAACAGAAGGUAACAUUACUGGGUAAUGAGACUUUAAUUUCAUUAUAGUGAGUAGAAAAGAUAGGCCCUAGAAGCCAAAAAAAGGCACACCUGUUUUCUUUUUUUAAUCAGACAGAUGCAGAUGGUGAUAUAAGUUUUUAGGAUAUGACAGUUAAAAUUCUGGAGUGUAUAUCACAGAAGUGCUACUGUUCUAUAUUUCAUAGGCUCACGUAUAUUCAGGAGCAAAUAAAGCACCUGUCUGUUUUCUGUAGCAGAUAAUCUUUUAUUUCAGCUGAUUUGUCUGGUAACACUUGUUAAUGAAGUAGGAGGCCUCUGAGCUGCUUAAUUAUUAUUUUUAAAAGUUUUUUAGGAGUUGGGGAAAUAAUAAAAUACAAAUAUUUCCCACCGCCUCUUUAAUUUUUGCAGAUGUAUAAAGUACCCAGUGUAAAAAGUGGUAAAAAGGAUCUGUACAAAUGAUUGUUUUUCUGCAGUUGUUGGACAAGCUGUACCUGCCGAAGUGCUCUCUACUAUAUAACGACUGUUAACCCUGGAAGAACAAAAUUCUGCCUUUACACUUCCUGUUCUACCAGAUCUGUAUGCCAGAGUGUCUUGUCACAGUAACAAAAGGAGGUUGCAGUUAGCCAGAUCUAAACCUUGUAAGUUUCUUCCCUAAUUAUAAUACAUUAUAGGUUUCUUUCUGUCAUAACAGAACUGAGUCUAUUCAUAACAACUGUCACCGAUGCAUUUUUAUCACACUUGGCCUACUUUUGUUGAGUUUCCCUAUAACACAAUCUUUUUAAAAUCUUUCCAUUUUAAAAUAAGUGAGCUGUGCUUUUGUCCUCCACAAAAUACAAUUCUGAAUUCUUAUAUGUAAAGUUCUGAUAAUUAAUUGAAGCAAGUAUCCUACCAACAGAUGGGAAAGAGAGAGCUUAUUAGGCCUUUAAUUUAGAUGGUGAUGAUUAAUCCCUAGCUAGCGGUACUAUAAACAUUUCUUUACUUCAGCAUCUCUUAAGGUGUAUUUUGAUGUCACAAGAAUGUAAGUGUGAUAGUGCUGAAGUUCAUUGCUGAUAUGUUAUUUAUGCAGUCCCAGGCUGUAAAUGAUCCAUGCUGUGAUUUUAACUAAAAAUUCUUUGAAGGUUUUUUGGAUUUCUAGGAAUGGCUGUGGCAGCUGUAACUGUAUAAAUGCAAAUUAUUUUAUUCCCCAAGCCUUUAACAAUUUGGCAUUUAUUUAGUUAGUUAAUAGUUAAAUGGGAUCAAGCUUUAAGGCCUUUUUUAAUUUACAAAAUCUGCAAAAAUGUGAUAAUAUAAAUGUAUGUACAGUAUACCAAUGAGAGGGGAACUGUCCCCAGAAGCAUGUGAUAUGCCAUUGCUGAAAAUAAGCAACUGGGCUAAAGGGACAUUUAGUCUGAUCCAACAGAUCCAUUCUUAUGUUAGGUUCUGGUUCUUGGCAUGAUAUCAGAAGAUGAGAUGGUGAAGGCAUAUGGACCUUCUAUCUGUCAUUUAUAACUAGGAGGCCUCGGCCCCUCUGCUCACCGCCAUCUCACCCCACCCCCACCCCAUAGUAACACCAAAGACCUCCUUUCCAACCCAUGGAACUAUUACACCCCCUUUUCAGUUC